AUCAAUGAUAGGCAGUGCGAUGACAUUAGGUCCAGUGGCACCGGUGGCACUGGCUCUCGGCGCCGCCCCUGGUGCCGCCGACUGCGCUGUCGUCGCACCUCCCGUAGCUGCAAAACAUUUUUUUUAUUUCCAAAACGCGUUAUAGUUUAUGUUUUGAGUGAACAGUUUCGAAGGUGGUUUUUUGACAUCUCCUAUUCAAUUAUUAGAAGAAAGUGGACAAAGACAGAGACUAACUGAACUUCUUUAAGAGAAAUUCCAAAAUGUCCGGGGAACAGACUAAAGAAGUUGUGGAGGAAGGUGGAGAAUCACCCCAUUGGUAUAAAGAAAGAGCCGAGAGGAAUCGACAGAGAGCUCUGCUUUUAAAAAAAUCUAAGCUCGUCGCUCAUCCCUAUGCCAAGAAUGCAGAUGAUGUGGCUGGUACACAGGUGAGACAACUGAAGGUUCAAGGGAAAAAAGUGAUCGACAGUGGAGGUGGUUUUUUAAUUGAAGAAGAUGAUGAGUUGGAACGAGAAAUGCUGGAAUUUGCAGAUGAGCCAGGUCCAAUUUUGAUCGAUCUACCAACGUGUGAAGAAUGUAAUAAACAAUUCCAAGAAUCCUACCUCAUGAAGACCUUCAAUUACAACGUCUGUGACGGAUGCAGAGAUCGUGAGGAUAAGCACAGUCUUAUAACCAAAACCGAGGCGAAAGAAACCUAUCUCCUCCGUGAUCACGAUUUUGAUCUGAGAGAGCCACCACUGAAAUUUAUCCUCAAAGCAAAUCCACACAGAGCAGCUCACGGCCACAUGAAGCUAUAUCUCCAUGUUCAGAUAGAGAAAAGAGCUCUCGAGGUUUGGGGGUCAGAGGAAGCGUUGGUCGAGGAGAAGGAAAAACGUGAUGUUAAGAGGCAGGAGACGAAGAUUAAAAAAUUUAAUAAGAAAGUUAAACAGUUGAGGAUGGAAAUCAGAAGCUCAAUGUAUGAUAAGACUAAAAAGGCAACGCAUGUCCAUGUAUUUGGGCCCGAUACGUACAAUGAAGAUGAUGAUACUUAUACUCACACGUGCACUGAAUGUGAAUACGAAGAAACUUAUGAAAAGAUGUAGAGGUAAAUUUUAAUUUUGUAUUUAUUGAAUAAUUGUCCAGUAUUAUUAACGGCAGCUUAGCUUUCCUAAUUUGCUGCAACUACCUUUCGAAAACAUUAUAGAAUAUUGAAAUCAAUAAACACAGUUUUACUACA